AUGGCUCCCAACGCCAUCAUUGCCCCAUCCAUCCUGUCCGCAGACUUUGCGAGGCUCGGGGCGGACUGUGCAAGGACAAUGGAACAGGGCGCGGACUGGCUUCAUGUCGACAUCAUGGAUGGCCACUUUGUGCCAAACAUCACCUUUGGCGCCCCUGUCGUGGCCAAGAUCCGCCCCCAUGUCGACAAGCCCACCACCGCCCACGGCCGGGGCACCUUUGACUGUCACAUGAUGAUCGCAGAGCCGAAGCGAUGGGUCAACGAGUUCAAGAAUGCUGGCUGUGAUUUGUACUGCUUCCACUACGAGGCCGCCUUCUCUACCGCCGCGGAGACCCCCUCGGCCGAGAGCGAGCUAAAGACAAGCCCCAAGGAGCUGAUCCGUUACAUCCACGACUGCGGCCUGCUGGCCGGCAUUGCCAUCAAGCCAAAGACGGGCGUUGACGUGCUGUGGGACAUCCUGGACAACCCAGACGCCAAGGAGAGGCCAGACAUGGUGCUGGUUAUGACGGUCGAGCCCGGGUUCGGUGGCCAGAAGUUCAUGGCCAGCGAGCUGCCAAAGGUCCAGGAGCUCAGAAAGAGGUACCCUGAGCUGAACAUCGAGGUCGACGGCGGACUGGGGCCGGCCACCAUCGACCAGGCUGCCGACGCCGGCGCAAAUGUCAUCGUGGCAGGAAGCGCUGUUUUCGGAGCCAAGGACCCCUCCGAGGUCAUCUCGGUACUGCGCAAAUCAGUCCAGUCCAAGUCUGGGAGGCUCUGA